UCGUUUCUCUUGAGUACGCAGAGAAAAUACAAGAGGUGAUUGAGUCGAUGGAUGAAGUAAAGACUGAUCCUGCUCAGGAGACACGUGAAGCCAAGGUCAAGUUUGACUUCGACGCAGCAUCGCUGAACGAGCUCUCACUGAAAAAGGGUGAGGUCGUCACGCUGCUGCGGGAAGUUGACGAUAUACUGGUACGAGGGAGCCAUCGGGACCGAGCGCGAAUCUUCCCGAUAGCCUUACGUGGAGUGAUGCGUGCAGACGUCUGCCCGACCCACAACAGCAGCAGCAAACACGUGUUUUGUUGA